ACAAAAUGGAUAAGAAAAAUUUUGGUGACUGUGUAAAUCGUGUACUAUUCAUCUUCCAUGAACGUAUAUAUGUUUCGAUUUUAGUCAUAUUUUUCUUAUAUCUAAAUCACUUAUUCUCUUGAGGCUCCAAAUCUAUUUGUUUUGUUUUUCUGUAUACUUUGUAUAAUUCAUUUGAUUUGAACCGGAAAAAAAAAAGUCGAGUUGAUCAAAAUUUUAAAAUUCUAAGUCGUUUUGUUAAUUUUAUUUUCUCAAUAUUUUCGAAGUAGAAAGAUUUUGAUUAUCAAAAUUAUUCUUCUACUGUAGAAUUAAUUAGGGAUAUUCUUCAAAAUGUAAACCGAAUAGUUUGCAAAAAAAACCGUGGAAUUUUAACUUGCAAAUUCCAGCAUAUCAUAAAUUAGAGGUCAUUAAUCGUUUAACCUUACUAAACUCCAAUUUACUAUUUUUGUAAAUUUAUUGUUUUGUCUGUCAUAUUUUGUUUUCACCUGUAAUUCUUGAACAGUCUGGUUUUUCUUACCUAGAAAAUUGACUAGUUUCAAUUUUUCUUAUCUCCACAAUUAAUAUUUUCUUGAUUGUCUCUAAUGUUAUAACUUAGCCCUACCUCCAACAUUUCCUUCAGUCCUUUUGGCCAAAUAUAUUCAUAAAACCAUUAAUCAUUUUGGUCAUUUAUUUAUAAUUUAAUUUUCAGGACUAAGGAAAAAUGGAGAAGAAAGGUGCUAUUUUAAUGAACAAGUAUGAACUUGGGAAACUUCUUGGCCAAGGCACGUUUGCAAAAGUAUACCUAGCAACACAUCUUGAAUCCGGCGAAAACGUCGCCAUUAAAGUAAUCGACAAAGAAAAGGUUUUGAAGAGCGGUUUGAUUGAUCAAAUCAAGCGAGAAAUUUCUGUUAUGCGUCUCGUAAGACACCCGAACAUUGUUCAACUCUACGAGGUUAUGGCUAGCAAGACGAAAAUUUAUUUCGCAAUGGAGUACGUAAAAGGUGGUGAAUUAUUUGAUAAAGUUGCUAAAGGAAAGCUUAAAGAAGGUGUUGCAAGAAAAUAUUUUCAACAAUUGAUGGGAGCCGUCGAGUUUUGCCAUAGUCGUGGUGUUUAUCAUCGCGAUAUCAAGCCGGAAAAUCUCCUCCUCGACGAAAAUGGCGAUUUGAAGAUUACGGAUUUUGGGUUGAGUGCUUUGAGUGAAACAAGAGGACAAGAUGGUCUUUUGUAUACAACUUGUGGAACUCCAGCUUAUGUUGCUCCGGAAGUUAUUAACAAGAAAGGUUACGAUGGUGCUAAAGCCGAUAUUUGGUCAUGUGGCGUCGUUUUGUUCGUUCUUUUGGCCGGUUAUCUUCCGUUUAACGACGCGAAUUUAUUGGAGUUAUACAAGAAAAUUCUCCGGGGAGAAUUUAAGUGUCCGAAUUGGUUUCAUCCUGAAGCAAAAAAACUCGUUUCAAGAAUUCUUGAUUCGAAUCCCGGAACAAGAAUUACAAUAGCUAAGAUUAUGAACAAUUAUUGGUUCAAGAAAGGUUAUAAACAAGUCGAACCGCCUCCAUCGCCGCAAGGUUUAGCACGAAACACCAUGCUUAAAGAUGUUCGUGAAGCUUUUGAUAAUUCUCUGAUCCAACAAGUGCCAGUAAAUAUUCAUAGAAGUCCACUCAGGCCGGCGAAUUACAAUGCGUUCGAUAUAAUCUCCCUGUCGAAAGGGUUUGAUUUGUCAGGAUUGUUUGAGACGGAUAAUUCUGAAAGGUCAGAGGCUACGAGGUUCACUUCGAACAAGCCAGCCUCGACGAUUUUGUCGAAAUUCGAAGAGAUCGCCACGACGUCGGACAGUUUUAGUUUUGACAAAAAGGAUGGGAUUUUGAAGUUACAAGGGAGUAAAGAAGGGAGGAAAGGGCAAAUCGGGAUAGAUGCGGAAAUAUUCGAAGUGACGCCGUCUUUUUUCGUGGUAGAGAUGAAGAAAACUUCCGGAGAUACAUUGGAGUACAAGAGUUUUUAUGAUCAAGAAUUGAAGCCGUCGCUUAAAGAUAUUGUAUGGGCAUGGCAAGGUUGUAAUACGGCUCAACAGCAACAAUUAUAGAUAAAAAAUAUUAUGUUUGGGUUUGGGGGUUUUAAUUUUUUAAUUUGUUCUACAUUUUUCUUUGGAUUGGAGAUGAAUUUUCUGCAAUCUGAAAUGUAUAUGUUAUAUAAAUUGAUGUCUAAUGAGUUCAUUUGUGUUUUUUGAA